AUGUGCAAGCCCAAGGUAAAUACACCGUAUGGAAGAAGCCUAGCGGCGAGGUACAGCAAACAGUGCCUUAUUGCUAGAAUUCAAGAAAACAAGCUUGACAUCAGGAGGCACCGACAUCAACUAACGCCCUACGAAAGGACGGUCAGCCAAGUCGUUUCUCCGGACGUUAUGCAUCAAGUUCUCGCGGCCAGAAAGAAGGCAGAAGAGCAAGAAGCAACAAAGCAUGACAAACGACACCAACGUAAGUUUGAUCCCCUUUUACCGGACGCUUCCAGUCGAACUCCUACUCCCACGCCGAACGAAACUGUCAUCAAUCUGUCUUCGAAACCGUUAACUAAAGAGCAGGAGUCACUUCUUAGCAAAUGCAUGAAUUUCGUGCCCACCACUACCAAGAUACCCUGCAAAAAAAUCAUUGCUGAAGUUGAAGAUAAACUUCGCUUUGUGAAGAACCCUACCGCGGUCAACCUUGCCAGAAACCGUUUUCUUAACGUCAUUUCUAAGAAGUGGGAGGCACCGCCUUCCAAUCUGACCGCCGGCGAGAGGAAUGCCAUGAAGAAACUACAAGCAGCCUCGGAUAUCAUUGUGCUCCCUUCAGAUAAACGGAAAAGCACUGUGGUCUUAGACAGAACUGAAUAUCUGCAAAAAAUGCACGACCUUGUUGACGACGAGUCCCGCUUCACGAAACUUGAAUCUGACCCAACACCAAGGUCGGAACGAUCCCUGGUCAAACUUCUUCGCAAAUUAAAGGACAUCGGAAGCAUUUCGGACCCUGUUUACAAGCGCCUGUUUUCAUCAGACGGACAUAUACCUAGAGGCUAUGGUUUACCAAAAGUGCACAAGCCUGGUGUCCCUCUUCGCCCCAUAGUGUCCUUUGUUGGAGCACCUACGUAUCAACUAUCAAAAUUCCUCACUGAGCUCCUGUCUCCCAUCAUGAACAAGAACGGACAUUCGGCGAAUAACUCUCGUGAAUUCUGCUCGUCUGUGCUAGACUUGGUGAUCGAACCUGAUGAAGUGAUGAUAUCGUUUGAUGUUGUCUCUUUGUUUACAAAUGUGCCUGUCACACUCGCCAUUGACGUCGCGACUAGCCGUCUCUCUAAUGAUGCUUCCUUGCCUGACCGUACUGCGCUUUCUGUAUCGGAAAUAAGGUCACUUCUUUCAUUUUGUCUUGAUGAAACGUGCAGGCAACUACAAGCUUUACUUUAA